ACUGUUUGGAAGUGAAAUUGGUUCUUGGUCAAGUCGUGUUUAUUUUCAGAUUCUCCGACGCUCAGGAUGCACCUGGUGCUGCUUCUGCACUGUAUCCCCCACUCAAUUUGGGUUUUGGUCCAAUCUUGCCAGUCAUUCUCCAAUCUUGGCUGCUUGUCUGUGGAAAUUCAAUAUCGGAUCUCGUGUGGUAUCCAGAUGCUGCUUGGUCGUCAAACUUGACAGUCACGAGGCGCGCCGCUAAUAAUGUGAAGUAUCUACUGUUUUCCUUCCCUUUGUCUGACUCAUUCAGCCAAUAAAGAUAUGACUGCGUCGAGAAUAAACUCCACGGGUAUUCAGAACGACCACCAGCCCGAAGUUCGUUCAACUUGCAAACUAAAAACAAGCACAACUCAAAAUGCUGCUUUCGAUCAUCACCAUUCUUCUUGUCUCCUUGGCUGCAGCCAGCCCUCUCAAUCUCGAGAUCAGUACUACGGCGUGUCUGUCGGGGUAAUCACUUCACCAGGUCUUGACCCAAACAAAGUCCUCGAGCCUGCCCCUAUACAGCUCUACCAACUUACACCUUGCUUCGGUGAUGAUGGUAGAGGCUGCUCUAUCUCUAAGCUCGUCGUUCAGAAUGGGACUACAAGUGGAGGAUUAAACAUCAAUCAGAUCCAAUGCCAUAGAUACAAAGAUUUCGCAGGCACACAACCAGGGACUACAGAGUUUAACGUCAAUCGUCCAGCUAUGGUUAGCACAAACUUGGCUACUGUGAGUAGUAUCUUGUGUUAUCUUGUGCCGGUGGAUGAGAUCAAGUAUUAAGGAUGGCGGGGUAAGUGGGGUAGAUUCGCUGGACGGAGUAGAAAGGGUGGGAACACGAGCACUCACAACGGGAACUUAUUUAAUGAAAACUGUACUCUUUAAUAACCUGAUAGUAUACGAGAUAUCUGCACAGCAAGCGAAGGCGAGAAUUGCUUG